UACUCUUUUGCCUACUCUUUCAGCUCCAGCGUGAUAAGAAGAGUGUACUGCGGGAAUCAGCUGGGGUUCGGUUCCAGGAGCUCCAUCAGUCUCAGAAUUGGAAGAGACCCCAAGGGCCACCCAGUCCAACUCCUUUCUGCCAUACAGGAACAAGCAAAACACUCCCAACUGACGGCCAUCCAGCCUCUGCUUAAAUGCCUCCAGAUAAGGAGACUCCACCACACUCCAAGACAGUAUAUUCCACUGUCAAGGAGCACUUCCAACCAGGAGCUUCUUCCUAAUGUGUUGAUAGAAUCUCUUUUUCCUGUAGUUUUAACCCAUUGCUCUGUUUCUAACAAAUAUGAAGGAUCCACUGUAAUUUUUCAUCAUGAGUGUGGACUGGGUAGGCUUUGGUUAUGCUGCGAUUGUGGCACUUGGAGGCGCCGUAGGAUAUAUUCGUAAAGGCAGCAAAAUCUCACUAAUUGCUGGCGUCAUCUUUGGCUUGAUGGCUGCUUAUGGGGCAUACUGGGUAACCCAUGAUCCCAAGGAUGUGAAGAUGUCAUUGUUUACAGCUUUUCUUCUGACGGUUAUAAUGGGAGUGAGAUUUAAAAGGACCAAGAAAUUAAUGCCAGCUGGAAUCGUAGCAACUCUAAGCCUUCUGAUGGUUUUGAGACUUGUCCUUCUACUGGUAUGAAUGACCAAAGCAGCAAGAAACAGCAUUUAUAUCAUUCCAUGUGAACAAGAUAAAGUUUCUUUAUAAUGUCUCUAUGAAUCAAGGACUUUAAAAAAAUGUGUCCAAAGGCAGUGUUACGUUGUGGAUUUGAGGCUAUAUUCUUCACAUUACAUUUUGUUUUAGCUAUAUUUUCCUGGUCAUCUGUGUUCUCGUCAAGAGAGGUAACUAGUUAGUCCUUUUAAUUCUUUAAAGGCAAAGGAGCUUUCAAUUCUGUCUUUUUCUCAGAAGAACAAUUGGGAGUCUUAGGACCUUUGAAACUUAGGUUAACUCUAUGUAAGAGGCACAUACUUAAGUUUGGAUAUAGCCCCAAAUAACAAUUUGGGGGGAACAUAAUAUGAAGCAAUGUAAUGUGGAACAUGUAGCCCACUUACUGAUAAUGUAUUAAGAUUUGCUUCAAUAGCAUUCAAAUGAAUUUUAUUUUGGAAACACAGUGAAGUUUGCUUUUGCGCUGAAAUCUCAAAUUUUAAAAACUGCCAAAAACCUAAAAUAAAUAAUUUUAAUACUU